AUGGUUGGAACAGGAGGCGUUGGAAAAUCAGCUUUGACACUUCAGUUCAUGUAUGAUGAGUUCGUUGAAGAGUAUGAACCAACCAAAGCAGAUUCGUAUCGUAAGAAAGUGGUAUUGGACGGAGAAGAAUGUUCAAUUGAUAUACUUGAUACAGCUGGUCAGGAAGACUACUCUGCCAUCAGAGACAAUUACUACCGAAGCGGAGAAGGUUUCAUUUGUGUUUUCUCUAUACUCGAUAUGGAUUCGUUCGAUGCCACUACAGAGUUCAGAGAGCAAAUUCUUCGUGUGAAGAACUCAGACAAUUCAAUUCCCAUCGUUCUCGUCGG